AUGAUGGAAAACAUAGAGGAAAGUACGGGGCCAGAAAAUUUGCUCUGUAGUAUGCCUGACGAUAAGGGUAACUCAAUAAAAGAACAUAGUAAAGGGUACAAUUUAUGCAAAAUGUUAGUGAGAAUAUACUUCUGGAUAAAUGGAUUAGAGCCGAAAUGGAAGAGGAACUUAGGGUGGCAAUGGAAAAUAAAAGAGUGGGAGAAAAGUGUAAGUGAAGGGGAAAAAGAAAUACAAGCUUAUCUUAGGUGCCUUAUAGGAAAAGUAACUAUGACCAGAAUGUUAGGACGACAUUGUGCCUUAGACAAAGUAGCAGGAAUAGUUAGUGGAGCUGUAGACGGGUACAUAGGGGCUUUUGGAAGUGGCGACCAUUAUGAGGUUUGUAAGGAAGUCGAUAUUAGCAGUGUAAGAAUGGGUGGAAGAUUAAUAUGGAAAGAAUUAGGUCAAUGGAUAAAUGAAUAUCACCGGGAGAAAGAUGAAAGGAGAGCAUUAAAAAAAGUGGAAAAAAUGGACACUGCACUACACAGAAUAAAGGAGGCAGGGAAAAUUUGCCCACCAGAAAAAAGGGAGGACGGAGAAAGUAGAUCAAAUACUUUAGAAAAGUUAGGAAUAAGUGGUGUAGAUAAGGAACCAGACAUAAGGAAGGAUACUAAAACUUGGGAGAAGGGUGCUAUGGAGGAAGCAUUGGAUGAGGCAAAGAAAGUGAACAACGCUGAUGAACUUAUGGAAAAAAUGAAGGACCUGGAACAGAAGUUAGAGGAGGAGUAUGGGGAAUCUGCAAAAAAAGCUAAGAAAGUGCAGGACGCUGCACAACCACAGGGUAGGGUCGAUAGUACUGCGGGGGAUGAUGUUGUUCUACCCUUACCAUCACCCCCCAACCCUGGACACCCCGGAACGGUUAGUGGAGGGGAGGCAGGAGGGGGGAAGUCUAUAUCAAGUGAAGCGAAAGAGUCAGGCAGAGAAAAGGAACCGCAAGAAGAGGAAGAUGAGAAACCUAAGGCACCAGUACCUAUACCAGAAAAACCAGAACCAAAAGAACCGAAAGACACUAAUCAAACAGAGACAGGUAAGUCUGCAACUCCAAACUGUGAUGGUAAUAAAGGUGUAGAUGGUGGUUUGGGUGCAGCUGAAGCAUGUUUCAGUGAUCUUGAUGAUCCGACACCAGCAGAACCCUCUGCUCCUCUUCCUAAUGAGGAUCAUGAAGCCACUGGGACUACUGGUCCUGUUGGUGAACCAGGUAGUAAAGUAGGUGAGACCAAUGUAAUAGAAGGUGCUGCAGCAGAUCUAACCUCCCGAACUCCAAGCACAGGAACAGACACAAAAACACCGGUAUCUUCCAGUUCAAGUGCAAGUUCAAGUUCAGGAAGUUCUUCCAGUAAUUCAGGUGACGAGACAGUUAAAACUGUUGAACAAAGUAGUGGUCCAGGUGCCGGUUCAGUACCACCAGCCCCGGGAUCACAUUCUGUAGUAGUGACCGUAGAAACACAUACAACAUCACAUUCACCAAGACCAAGACAGGGGAAAAGCAGAUUAGCACUUCCGCUCCCUAGUAAGUAUUUUGCCGUACCCAUUAAAAGAAGACGUUACAGAAGAGCUCAUUAUGUAUCUGGUCCAACUUCACAAGAAAGAGUCCUUGCUCAUGUGGACGAGCCGGAUGAUCCACAGGAAUAUACCUUAGUAAAGAAACGCAAACAACCAAGAUCUGUUCCAACAAAAACGAAGAAACCAAAAAAACUUGUCGAUCGCCGUGGUGUCGGUCGUCGCACCAUUAUUGAUAUUCAUUUAGAAAUCUUAGACGAAUGUCAACGGGAAGACCUGCAUUCGACGAAGGAAGACUUCUUUGAAAUUUUGGUUCGGGAAUUCAUGCGUCCUGAAUUCAUAAAAGAGAAAAAUGUUCCUGAGGAACAAGUUUCUAUGGUUGAUGUUCCUAAGGAACAGGUUCGAAGUUCAGGUUCAGAUUCCGGGUUUAGGGAGGAAGACUUUGUUCCUCAGAAAAAUUUUCUAAAGGAAGAGGUUCCAAGUUCCGAUUCCGGGUUUAGGGAGGAAGACUUUAUUCUUACAGAAGAUAUUCCUGAGGAAAAUAUUCCUAAGGAAAGUGUUCCUAUGGAACAUGUUCAAUGUUCAGUUUCCGGUUUUAAAGUGUAG